CCCUCUUUCCCCUUGCCCCUUCCAAACUGAAAACUCCAUUUGGUACUUCAACAACAGACGACGGCAUAAACACCGAUUUUAAAUACGUGGCAGUCAAACAAAAAAGGAAUACUCUUUACACUUCACGUAGAAAAGUAACCAUUAUUUAAUUCGGCAGUAUGGACUUCUUUUCAAAUAUACCUACUCAUAUGGACUAUGAUGGCCAGGGCCGAUCGGAAAAGAUUUCAAGGCUUAUUAUAACAUUAUUUGGGGUUGUUGGCCUCGUCUGGGGAUACAUAAUUCAGCAAUUUUCAGAGACCGUUUACGUGCUAUUUGCAGGAUUUUUCUUAGCUGCCUGUCUCACUGUUCCACCAUGGCCCAUGUACAGAAGAAAACCUCUACCCUGGCAGAAACCCAGACCUGCACCCCGAGAAGAAGGGUCGGAGACUCAGUCGCCAAAGACCAAGAAAAAGAAGUAGUCAUAGUAUUUUCUGUUUUGAAUUGUCUUGCUUUGGUUCUCACCUUGCCGUUCCAUUCCAUGUUUGAUUUGUGUUAAGGGCGAUUCAUCCACUGGAUCUCUCAUUGUUUUGUGCUGUCUUCAUUUUUUGGGUUUUAGAGUACUACUGUUUUGUUAUACAUGUGUGAACAGUCUCAAUAAAUUGAUUUUAUUGUGAA